UCACAAAAUAUUCACAUGCGUCUUAAGUGGACACUCGCUGACUGAUGAACUCAGUUUUUUUCUUCACAGCUCGCUGUUGUAAAAUAUAAUUAAACAUUUCUAUCUCUAAUGACCUCUAAAUUUUUUUGGGAAUCAUUACAAAGGUCAUACAAAUAAGUAACACCUACAUAUACCCCACAUAUAUAUAAUAUAUGAUAACAUCGAUCUAGUGGGGAUUUAAAAUAAAAAUUUCCUCCAGACAAUUGGCCGAAUUAUUUACGCGCGAAAUCAUGUGUGUUUUUGAAAUUAGCCAAUCAUCACUUAUUUAUUUAUAUAUUUGCUUACACAUAUACAUAUCAUACAUCAUAUAUUUUUCACGAUAACAUAACCUGGUCACUAAAUUUCACCCAGGAAUUUUAAUUUUUCAUUAAUAAUUAUAAGAAUAAUUAAUUAAAAUAUUAAAAGUUUUAAAUUUAAAGAUAGUGAACUUGUCUGCGAAUAAUUUUAAAAAAUUUUAAUUCAAAUAAAAAGUUUUAUGGUAAAAAUAAAUAAAAAUUAUUUUAAUUAUUAUAAGUUAUUAAUUCAUUAAUAUCUGUAUAUAUAUAAAUAUAUGUAGGUAACUAUUUAUUUGUUAACAUAUUUUUUAAAGAUAAUAAUUAAAUAGAAAACAUGAAAUAAAAUAGUUACUAGUCAUUCAGAGUGUCUUUGUCGUGCACAGUGAACAGGAUUCGACAUACUCGCUUACGUAGUUUCAAAAUGGCAGCAGCAACUGACGAAUUAAUGCUCUUGGAGCGAGUUUUUCUGUGUUUAGGAAAUGCUGAUACUGAUGAGCAGCUCCAGGCGUCGGUGUGCAAAUUUUUGCCACCGGUUUUGCUUAAAUUGUCAAGUCCGCAGGAAGGUGUUAGGAAAAAAGUAAUGGGUCUUUUGAUACAUAUCAAUAGACGUGUUAAAAGUCGCCCCAAAGUUCAGCUUCCUGUGGAAGCUUUGCUGCUUCAAUAUCAAGAUCCAGCUGCUAGUUCUUUUGUCAUCAACUUUACAAUAAUUUAUAUCAAACUUGGUUACCCAAGGAUGGAAAUGAAAAAACAAUCAGAAUUAAUACCUAGUGUUUUAAAUGCUAUUGAAGGAAAGCCACUAUCACAUCAAGACAGCUUAUUACUGAUGAUAAUGCCAGCAUUGGGUAAUCUUGAGAUACCACUGAGUGCCGAGAAACGUGCAGCUCUUCUGGGUCUGCAAGACAAACCAUACGUAGCAAAACAACUGAUUAAUUUUAUGCUGGACAUGUUACUUCUGCCGUACGGAUCUGUGGGUCAAGCUGAGAGCCGGGAUCCUGGGCAGCCGAUAGACUGGUCGCAGUACCCAGUGCCCCCGGGUCUGAGCGAGUACGCAUUCAAGCGCGUAAUUGGAGAAAAUCCGCCAGUUGCCGAAAAGCUAGAGCAAGUAAAACUGGGAAUCGUUAAAUUUCUCGCAGGUGGUUUCUUUCCCGAGUCAGAUAUUUUAAUCCACUUGAUUGUCGCCGCAGCAGACACACGGUUCAGCGUAGCUAAUUUGGCGGACGUCGAGUUGAAAAAAAUAGUUAGUACUCUAGAUUGGUCAUCGAUGCAAUUGGCACUGCCGCUGUAUACUUUAUUUUUGGGUACGAGCGCAUUAGGAACCCAGAAGGACGUUAAGCCAGAAAUGAAACGUCAUGCGGCGAACACGAGGAUACGUUUGAAGCUGCUGCAGUAUCUGUGUCGUGUUACCAAGGCCGGGUUCAUAAUACCACCGAGUAUACAAGUGGUGUUUGAUUCCUUGUACGGUAAUAAUACAAACAAGAAACUCAAGACAUUGGCUCUUGACUUUACGCUCAAUAUGGUCCAGCAGUGUAGCUUCGGGUCUCUGUCCCGCGUCGCCGGAGUUAUCCUCAACGGGAUGGUAAAGUUGAUAUCCGAGGGUGAGCCAGAGCACAUCGCGAUAGCUUACACAAUAAUCGGACAACUCGGGCAGCGAAUUCCGUCGCUAGUCAACAAAGAUUCGAGUCUAGUGCAGCAAUUUUUCAAAGCCCUGACGUCAACAGAUGCCGACAUGAGGCGCACAGUCCGCGAUGCCUUGAUAGCAAUGUCCUCGGCAUUCGUUUUAAACCGUACCGACGAGUGCGGUAUUUCUACAAUGACCGCAUUACUCUCGACGUACAUCGAAUCCGAAGAGCCUAGUGUCAGAUCAGUUGCCGUCCACUACGUGGCGACUAUUUUUCCAGCAGAUCAUGCGCCCUCUCGCUAUCUCCUGCUAAUAGCUUGCGGUGAUGACAAGAAUGAGGUAUCAGCAGAUGCCACCAAAGCGCUUUACGGUACAGCCCAUCGCAAUGAACGAUACAAAGCCGACGCUAAGGAAUACCAGCUCCCUAAUUUCCCAGAGAUGAUUGUCUACGUCAAUCAGAACACACAGACACGCAUUAAUUCUAACACCAAAUUUUCAAUCGGAAGUCAUGUGUUACCUUACAAUGUAACGACCUUCAAUGAAAUUAUAAAUUAUUUGCGACUGUGUUUGGCUAGGAGUGCGCGUAUUCCAUUUCGCGAAGGAUCGAUUGAAAACCAUCCGUGUCAACACACUCCUACAAUUGCUAAGUAUCUAAAGGAACUUGUUGCCGAAGAUAAAAAGUAUCUUGAUAAUUACAUCGAGCUCAUAACUACUCUGUGCCACGCCACUGCUGAUAAAAUUCCUCUUGUCGCGCUGCUGGAAAUUGCCGGAACUGUUCCUCAGUCAAUGACUAGUUACUUUGUCAAAGAGUUACCUUGGAUUCGUUCAUUACUGACGUCAACCAAAGCCGAAGUACGUGAAUUGGCGGCUAAAAUAAAUGCUAUUGUAAUGGAAUUCAAUAGUAGUAAUGAUGAAUUUGAAUUACAAGCGACUGAAUUUAUUAAUUCAACUAAAAAUAAAACUCUGGAAACACAACACGGCUCAUUGCUGGCAUUGUCGCAUAUGAUAGAGCGUAAGUUGACGGUACGGAAACUCAGUGAGCCGGUUGAAAAUUUAUUGAAGUGGAAAAUUUACAACGAUAUUGUACAGACAAUAUGUUCCUUUUUAACUAGUACUACUGUUUUACUUGCCGAUGCGGCUACUCAAGGAAUCGGUAUAAUUGGAAAAGUAUUUCCGUUACCGCUGAUAUCUACCAGCGAUGACGAAAAUGUUUUGAGUAAAAAGAAGAUUGUUGAUAAUUUGUUUGCCAUACUACUUAACGCAAAGAUGAAUAGUAAAAUAAAAGAGAAUGCAAUCCAGUCACUGGGACAACUUUGCAUUGGAGAAAUUUUUCCUCAUACUAAAUUAAUUAUUGAAAAAUUCAUUGGCUACGCAAAGGAAACUAAAGACGUAGGAAUACAUUUCUCAAUAGCCGAGGCUCUGGUGCUCUGUGUUCAGGGACCGGCCUCCAAAGAAGCCCGGGAUAUUUGGACAACGCCCGCUGAUGAGCAUAAUCAAAACUAUUCGCAAGAGAGCGAUAAUUUCUUGGUAUUUUUACUGGAUCAAUUGUUAAAAUUAGCCAGCGAGCCGCAUCCUAACUCACGUCAAGCAAUCUGCAUAUGGCUGCUGUCAAUCUUACGUCACAAUGACAAGCGCCAGCAUGUGAUCGAGCGGCUUCCUAGUAUACAGAACGCGUUUUCCGACUUUCUGUCUGAAAAUAAUGACAUCGUGCAGGAUGUUGCGUCCAAGGGGAUUUGUCUAGUCUACAAUACGAGUGAGAAGACUGGUCGCGAUGACCUGGUGUCUAAUUUGAUGAACCAGUUGACUGAGGGACGUCGCGCAGUCCAGCAAGUUACGCCUGACACUAAAUUAUUUGAGGAAGGCCAGCUGGGGAAAGCGCCAACCGGCGGAACGAUAACAACUUACAAAGAAAUAUGUUCGUUGGCAUCAGAUUUAAACAAACCGGAUCUCAUUUAUAAUUUCUUGCAGUUGGCUAAUCAUAAUGCGGUGUGGACCUCCAAGAAAGGAGCCGCCUUUGGGUUCUCCGCUAUCGCAUCAGUCGCUAAAGACGAACUGAAUAAAUAUUUGCCCAGCAUUAUUCCUAAAUUGUAUCGCUAUCAGUUCGACCCGACUCCUAAAAUCCAGCAGAGCAUGUCCAACAUUUGGCAUGACAUUGUGCCCUCGACAUCAAAAGCUCUGGAGCAGUAUCAUGAUGAAAUAAUAAAUGAUUUGAAGUCUAAUUUGACUCACAAUCACUGGCGAGUAAGAAUGAGCUGCUGUCUUGCACUCUCGGAUCUGUUUAAAUCAAACGCCCCGAUAGAUUACGCCAAGCAUGCUCCAGAGUUGUGGAAACAAUUGUUCCGCGUGAUGGAUGACAUUCACGAGGACACGCGUAACAGUGCGACCAACACGGCCCGACUGUUGAGCAAAGUCUGCAUACGUGAAUGCGAUCCAAAUCACGGAAAGUCUGGCGAGCGAGUUCUGCAGUCAGUGCUACCAAUUUUCUUGGAGACUGGAAUUUUACAUAACGUAAAACCAAUUCGUGCGCUGUCACUGCAAACAGUUUCGCAAUUAGUAUCAACAGCUGGUGUUUUAUUGAAACCUUCAUUAGUUAAUCUGAUUCCUGCGCUAUUGACAGCCACCGACAUGGAACAUGAAGGUCUUGUGUACAUGAGUACCAAAUACAGCGCACAGGCUGAAAUCCAAGAGGCUCUAGAUCGUGUGAGAUCCAACGAAGCAAAGACCCAUCAUGCUACUGAGACUGUACGCAAGUGCACCCAGUACAUAGAUGCAGCUAUUCUGCAAGAACUGAUGCCAAAAGUUAUUGAAUUAAUUAAAUCAAGCAUUGGUCUGGGCUCAAAGGUAUCAAUAAGUCACUUUCUGAUAUUACUGAGCCUACAAAUGAAACAAGAAUUGCAGCCGUACGCUGGAAAACUAUGCAGCGCUUUGAUGAAUGGAUUAACUGAUCGUAACGCAACUGUGCGUAAAACAAAUGCUGUUACUAUCGGACACAUUAUUGGCUCCGCUAAAGAUUCCAGCAUUGAAAAAAUAUUCAAUACUUUGAACACGUGGUAUAACGAACGCGAAGACGAUGCAAUACGUCUAGCUAUUGGGCAGACACUACAGUCUAUAAAUAAUCACAACCAUGAAGUGCUGAAGAAGUUUUCUGACAUCGUGAUACCGCUGACUUUCUUUGCGAUGCACGCGAUAAAAGUACCAGCUAACAAAGAAACCGUGGAGUUGUGGACUGAUUUGUGGGGUGAAAUUGCUCAUGGGACUGAGACGACAGUAAAGCAGAAUUUGAAUUUAAUCAUCAGUACUCUAAAUCGUGCACUGGAGUCAGCAUCCUGGACCACCAAAGCUCAGGCAGCAAAUGCCGUGUCAACAGUCGCUGUAAAAGUCGGGUCAUCGAUGGAAGACGAAGCGAGAAACGGCCUACUGAAAAUUUUAAUCACCGGAUUGCAAGGACGCACAUGGAAUGGAAAGGAGAGACUAGUUCUUGCUCUAGCAACUCUUGCCUGCCACAGCAAAGAAGCUCUGAGCAAAGACCCUGCUCUCACAACUUCAGUGAUCGAUGCUCUGUACAAAGAAAGCAAGAAAGACAAUAUUGAGUAUCGCAGACAUGCGUUGAAAGCGUUCGCGGAUGUCCUUCAUGAGUUAGAAAUAGACAGAUUCACCCAGCUAUACGACAUCGCCCAGGAAAUAUUGAUAAAGAUGUCAACGAAAAAUGCAGACGAUGAUGACGACGACGAAAAAAUUGAAAAAACCAGCGAAGAGAUGACCAAGAAGCGAGAAGACCAGAUGAAAUUACAGGAAACUGUUUAUGAGGCACUCGGCAAAGCUUGGCCUUCAUCUCGCUCCAGUAAAGAUACUCAAGAUAAAUAUUGUUUGCAAAUAAUAGCUCACUGUCAUGACACUCUUUCCAGCAGCACUAGAGCCAUUCAAGUCGCUAUCAUGACAACGCUCACUCACUUUGUCGAGAAACUUAUAUUUUUACAACUUAAUUACAGCGAACUGUCAAAGAAUGAUGCUGCUAAACUAAAUACUAUCUGUGAAACCUUGUACCAGAUAUUGAAAAUAUCUAUUGGCAUAUCAAAGUACACGAGAAUAAGAAAAGAAGCGCUCAAUAUUAUCCUGGUGCUGUCGAAAAAAUUGAUUGAUAGCGGUAAUGAUAAACAACUUGAGUCGCUAAAAAAAUUAUUCUGUCAGUUGCUGAGCAACGAAUUGGCUUCAGACAAUCAGCCGGAAAUACGGACACGUGUUGUUGACAUAAAAGCUAUUUUUAAAUUAUAAAUUAUGUCGAUUGCAUUUAUUGACAUAAAGUCAUUGGGUUUUUUUUUAGAAAU